UACUCUGGCUCGACCAGCUCGUUUAGAGGGUAUCUUCUUUUUUUUUUUCGGACGCUUUAAUAUAAUCUCAACAAAUCAUCGGUGCCGCAUAUGUCAUGAGUAACAGUGAUUCAUGCACGGAAAGAAUUAUUAUUAUAUACACGAAAAUAAUUCAAUGUUUCUGUCAAACCAAUAUGAGUCAUAUGCAGUGCGAAGAAAGUCUGGAUAAAGUUCACAUAAAGUCAGCGAAUGAAAAUGACAUUGAGAAAGAAUUACUGCAAGAGGUGGUCUUUGCACAAGCUGAACAAUGUAUCUUAGAGAAGGCAUCGAGAGCUAUUAAGGAAUUUUCAUAUCCUGUAUUAACGCAAGCUCUUUGCGAAAAUAAAGGGAAAUCAUAUUUGUCGAACGAUGGUAAAUCCGAGACAGUGUCAGAAGCUCAAAGAAAAGAUCUGGAAUUAGAUAAACAAGUGCGAGUUGGAGAAUUAACACCUUUUGAAGCUGCAGCUAAAAAAUCUACUAGCGUUUUCAAUAAAGCAACUCAGUUAUUGGAUCUUGAGAAGUACCUUCAACAACAAGCUGAGCUUGCAAAACAGAAGUGUCUGUCAAAAAAAUUGAUUGUAGGAAAAAAACUGGAAGGAAGUAGUAUUGAAACUAGAGUACCAAAAAAAAGAAUGAAAUUAUCAACCAGUGUAGCCGAGAGAACUGACGAGAAUCAAAGAAGCCUGGAGUGUGAAAAUGACUCCGAUCCAAAAUGUAACUCUGGAAGUGAAUAUAUCCCUAGCGACGAUUGCCAAGAUUCUGAGGCAGAAACAGAACAACCGAAGAAAGGCAGCGCUAAACGACAUUCGAAGAAAUGCAUUCAAAAUAGAGUUUUGGAUGAUGGAGACGAAGAUGCAUAUCAUCAACGAGUAGAAAAUAAAAAAUUUUGUUUUCAAGCUGAGAAGUUACAUGAAAUCGAUAAUUUAUUUAAAGUUCCGAAAUCUAUUUGGAAAAGACUGUAUAGAUAUCAAAAAGUAUCCAUACAAUGGCUGUGGGAAUUACAUGGUCGUAAUUCUGGUGGUUUACUCGGAGACGAGAUGGGUUUAGGUAAAACCGUGCAAGUGAUUGCGUUCCUGGCAGGUCUGGACUGCAGCAAUUUACUUUCAGACGGUGGACGAUUUCGAGGCUUGGGACCGACUCUAAUAAUCUGCCCUGCAACAUUAUUGGAGCAGUGGGUCAAACAUUUCCAUGACUGGUGGCCUAUUUUACGGAUAGCUACGUUACAUCAAUCUGGAACUUACAGUGGUGAUCCAUACGAUUUGGUAGAGAGUAUGAAAACCGGUGGGGUCUUGGUGACUUCGUACUCUGGAGUGCUGAAUCAUAAAGAACUGCUCGUGAGGACUCAGUGGCAUUACGUCAUUUUGGACGAGGGGCACAAAAUAAGAAAUCCGCAUGCAAAGAUCAGCAAGGCUGUAAAAGAGUUCACCACGCCACAUCGCCUUCUUUUAACUGGAAGCCCGAUGCAAAACUCUUUGAAAGAAUUGUGGUCACUGUUCGACUUCAUUCUGCCUGGAAAACUGGGCACACUCCCAGCAUUUCUGGAACACUUUGCGGGUCCUAUUACAAGAGGUGGUUACGUCAACGCCAGUUCGCUUCAAGAGGCCACCGCGCUCCAGGUGGCGACUUUAUUAAAAGAUGCUAUAACUCCGUACAUGUUGAGGCGAACUAAAUCCGACGUUCAGCAUCACGUCCGUUUGCCAGAGAAAAAUGAACAGGUGCUGUUCUGUAGCUUGACGGAAGAGCAGAAAACCCUGUAUAAAAAGUAUCUAACCUCGGAAGACGUCACGAAUAUUAUACACGAAAAGAGUUCGCUAAAAGAAGGCGGGAGAUACAGAGCGCGACUAUUAAUCGCCCUGACGACGAUGCGGAAAAUUUGCAAUCAUCCCGAUCUUUAUAUCUACGGCAAGCAGACCGACUCGGACGAAGAACUGGAGCUGACCGAUGAAAUCAUGGAAAGGUUCGGUUACUGGAAGAGGGCAGGAAAAAUGGCAGUGGUGAGAUCGUUGCUGAAGAUCUGGAAAAAUCAGGCACACAGGGUUCUACUUUUUACCCAGAGUAAACAGAUGAUGCACAUUUUGGAGAGCCUGAUCCAACGGGAGGACUAUACAUACUUGAGAAUGGACGGUACUACCCCGAUGUCCCAGAGGCAGCAAACCAUCGAGAAGUUCAACGGAGACCCAUCGUACUUCCUGUUUCUCUUAACAACUCGCGUCGGAGGACUAGGAGUGAACUUGACAGGAGCGAAUCGAGUGAUCAUCUAUGAUCCAGACUGGAAUCCAGCUACCGACGCGCAGGCCAGAGAACGAGCCUGGAGAAUUGGACAGAGUAAAAAUGUCACCGUGUACAGACUUAUAACGGCAGGCACCAUCGAAGAGAAGAUGUACCACAGGCAAAUCUUCAAGCUCCUCCUCUCGAAUAGAGUCCUCGAAGAUCCGCGACAACGCAGACUCUUUCACACGACCGACCUCGUCGAGCUGUUCAAUUUAAACGAGCCAUCCGAGGGAGAAGGCACCGAGUCGGACCGACUCUUCGGAGAUUCGAGACUCGCGCCAACCACCGGCUUCACCUCGUCGAAAAUAGAAGCCAUGCGAAAGCUAGCCUCCUGCUUGAGCAAGAGAAUCGGCGACAAGGUAACAAAAAAGAAACCAGUCGAAGAGGAGAAACGGAUCGACCAUCCAGAGGAUGCACGGGUCCCGUGCGCGAGAGGCCCUGGAAAUUCUGGAAACGCGACCGCCCCGGGCUUAAGCUCUCCCUUAAGGGAGGAUGCCGAUAAGUCCUAUGGCGAACCGAAGAGCUCGGUAUCGACCGACGCUCGCGAAGAGGAAGUCGACGUGGAGCAUAAGAGGCACCGUAAAACGAAACACCGGAAACGAAAAAAAAUCGAGGAGACCGAUCGCAUCUCGUCCGUGUUCGAAGGUGAACGAAUAUCCUAUCUGAUCGGCCGCAGACUCCCUUCUCACGUGAAAGAUGCGCCGACUGUUACCGAUGAUAGUUACGUUCUACAGAAACUAUUCGCGAAAGCAGCGGUAAAGUCAGCCUUUCAACACGAGGCAGUUUUGUCGAGUGUACAGCAAGAAUCUAUAGCACAAACUCCGAUGCAACGGUUGGCACUCGAAGCUGCUCAAGAGAGCAUGAACUCUGUUCGCCAAUCGCGCAAGUGGUGUUGGAAACCAUCGUGGAACAAGGCGCCCGGAGAAAAUGAUUAAACGACUUUGUGUCCUUUGGAAUGGAAGUCA